AUGAAUUUCACAGUCUUUCUUUACCGUCUCGACUUGAUGGUUGAUUUGCGUGACGCUUGGGUGAUUGCAAUGAAAGUGGACCGUUUCCCUUAUUCCGGUGGUUGGAUAUCGAUUCCAAUGCUGCAUUGACGAAGUUUGCUUCAUAUUUUAAAAUAACGGCGGUGAUUUUAAGAAUUGAUUGUCUGAAUCGGUCAAGAAAUCUACAUUUCAUUGGCUAAAGUGUUAAUGUUACGUUCAUUACGCACAUAGGAAGGAUAUCUUCUUUCAAUAAGAUAUGUCUUCAAAGGAAAAUAUUUUGUAUGGGUCGCAACAAUCGCAUUCUCUUGGCUUCCCACAAAUGGACUGUAAUCCAAGGCGCCAACCAAUGGAGUGACGUAACCGCAUGAAACUUGGGGAUUGAAUGGAACAAACUUAUCUGUGAUUUUGAACGGCGAUCCUCACUUUCCCCAUAGCCGAGAGACAGAAGGGCGUUGAAAUCAUACUCGGACCUAUCCGGCACUCAUCCCAUAAUAUCUCACCCAUAUUUUGGGUCCACCAACAACUUGGAUGUCCUUUAGAGAAGAUGUGAACUUUGAGACCCAGAACGAUUCUACGAAUACUCUUUCUAUUAAUUUUGUGUACUUGGAAACCUUACACCAUACCAGUUUUUAAUCCACGACGUCAAGGAUUUAACGACUAAGUAUUAGGUGUCAAGUUUGGCAGCUAUGUAAACUAAAGCGACGCUGUUGAAUUCGUAGUUAGAUAUUAUAUUGGCAUGGAGUCGGAGGAGGGAUUUCGACCAAUCUUUGCCUGUAUCUUACAAUUGAUCAUUGUCUUCCUUCCAUCCGCUGAAAGCUUUUCCUGUAUAGCUGAGAUUCCAGACAAAUGGUGCAGUGGUUCUCCUAACUGGGUCCUUAGUUUAGCCAGUUGUCCUGACAAACCUGUGAUACCAGAUGCCCAGCCAGUUACUAUAGAAAUACGUGUCAUUUAUAAAUGUAAAAACGGCAAACUUUUUGACGGCUCACAACUCUAUGCACAAAAGACCUGCGGUGGGCCGGGCGGAGGGAAUGCAUCAGAAUGGUUGGGUCACGUUGAUCCAUGUAAAGAUGUAAACUGUCGUGCACCACCAACAAUUGACAAUGCAACUUACAGCCUCACCAACUCCUCUUUAAACGGCCAGGCUACAUAUCAAUGCGAUCCGGGAUUCGAACUCUUUAAAGGGGAUACCACGCUCAAGUGUCAGGAUGAUGGGAAGUGGGCUGGUGCUCAGCCAGUGUGUAGAAGAAUACUCUGUCCUGCAUCACCAGUACCAACAAAUGGUAAAGUAUGUGUCAGCAGUAAUCUACCAGGAGGUGUCGCAACCUAUGGGUGUAAUACCGGAUACAGGAUGAAGCCAAGUCCAUCGACAAGCCAGUGUACUCCUACCGGAAGGUGGACGGGAACCAUGCCAGUUUGCGAAAGAGUGUCGUGUAAUGUAGCUACAGCAGUCCCCUACACCAAAAAGGAAUCCCCCAAAGAUGCCACACUUGGUGACGUCACGAAGUACCAAUGCAUCAGCGGAUAUCGCCGGUUGAAAGGGGACCACGAGAAGGUGUGUCAAGAAAAUAGCACGUGGUCGGGAGAAAAUUUGAUUUGUAAGAGAGUACCAUGUCCCACGCCCCUCGUCUUGCCAAAGUCUACAAUGAUUCCGAACAAGACAAGUUACGUGUUUGAGGAUUUCAUCCGGUAUUCAUGCCACCCUGGCUUUGAGAAGAUCCAUGGCGACUCCAACAGGAACUGUCAGGCUGACGGAAAGUGGUCGGGGAUACCGCCAUUUUGUCAAGUUACUGGCUGUCUAGAACCGGCCGAAUUUCCCGGAGUGGUGCGACUAACUAAUACUUCUACUUGGAGUACAGAUAGCUCAGUUAGUUUUGCAUGCGACACGGGGUUUACAAAUAUUAGCGGAGAUGCUGAUAGAACGUGCCUUAAAAACGGAAGCUGGUCUGGUUCGCCUUUAGUUUGCAAGGAGAUUGUGUGUCCAUGUUUGGAACCACCGCGUGCUGCUCUGAUGAACGUAACCAACUAUUUACUUGGCGGCGUUGCAAGUUUUGAGUGUCUUCCCGGAUACGUGUUAAGUGGUGGUGUCCAUUCUAUAUGUACCGGCGACGGUUCGUGGAAAGGGACCAAUCCUACGUGCACGAAAAUGACUUGUCCUGUACCUCCGGACGUUCCAUACACAACCAAGAAGGUCCAUGGCGUGAACGUUGACCAGACUGUGUCCUACAGCUGCCGCACAGGGUAUAAACUCGUCAGGGGAGACCUUGUAUGGUCAUGCCUUAUCACCGGGCUUUGGAAGGGUGAUGUGCCGAUCUGUGAUGUGAUAGAAUGUCCUUCUCCCGAAGACAUUCCAAACACCAAAUUGCUCACUACUUUAAAUAAUUUCGUAGUAAACACAAGUAUACGAUAUGAAUGUGAUAGCGGGUAUCAGAUUGCUAGCGGCAACCAGACCAGAUUGUGUGAGAACAAUGGUGCCUGGUCAGGGGUGGCCUUACAUUGUAAAGAGAUAGAAUGCCCCGAAAUUCCUCCAUUGCUCAACGGUACCUCUGUGACCAGCGGGCAGAGAUAUGGAGACGUUGUCGCUUUCUCGUGUCGGACUGGCUACUACCUUUCCGAGGGCAGCCUUAAGAGGUUUUGCGUGGCAAAUAAGACAUGGACGGGGCAACAGCCGGUCUGUGCAGCUGUAACCUGUCCGCCGCCUCCAAAUAUUGUGAACGCGGAGCUGGCAGUGUCUCCCCAAACCAGCUACCGGUCAUAUGAGAGUGUCCGGUAUGCAUGUUUAAGUGGAUACGAGCACACGAGAGGUGGUUUAGGUAUCUCUUGUCUUCCAAGCGGUUCGUGGUCGGAUAAUAUACCGGUGUGUACAGAAAUAAAAUGUCCUGAACCCACAGCAAUGCCGAAUGGCCUUGCCAUCGGGCAUGGCGUUGGUCUAGGAGAUGUUACCACGUACCAAUGCAAUACAGGGUAUAAGAUAUCAACGGGAGAGUUGUAUUCGUUCUGCCUGGCGAAUAAAACAUGGUCAUCCCAGCCACCUUCCUGCAAGAAGGUUACUUGUCCGUCGCCCCCAAUGAUACAAAACGGGAACAGGGCAUCAAAAACAGCCUCCUUUGUUGUAAAUGACACAGUUUCUUUCCUUUGCCUCGAUGGUUACGAAGUGACGAGUGGCGACAACACAUGGCGAUGUAAAAAGUCAGGUACAUGGUCAGGAGCACUGCCUGUAUGUGAAGCGAUUUCGUGUCAGACACCAGUUGCGCUUGAGAAUAGCAUAAUCACUCUGAAGAACAAUAAAUACGGUGAUCAAGUUUUUUACAAGUGCAUGCCAGGAUACACGGCGGCGGGAGGAAAUGAAGUCCGAAGCUGCCAAGCGAAUGGCAGCUGGUCAGGCACCCCUUUAAAAUGCUCAGUAAUUUCAUGUCAAGACCCAGAGACAAUUCCGAACGCCAUCUUGAACAGUUCGACUGCUCCAUUUGUGUGGAAUUCCACCAUUUCUUACAUCUGUGAUAUUGGAUUUGAAUUACCCGGUGGCGAUCUCAUUCGAAAUUGCUCGAUAGAAGGUACUUGGACAGGGACACUGCCCAUCUGCAGAGAGGUAUCAUGUGGUAACCCAACUUCCAUUCAGCGCGGUUUUGUGAUGUACAAUGGUGUGGCAUAUGGUGACAUUGCCAUCUAUAAGUGUGAUGAUGGUUAUAAGUUGACUGGUGGCAGUGAAAAGCGGAAUUGCCUGGCAAACGGUACCUGGUCCGGCGGAGCUCCGUCUUGUUACCCCUUUUCGUGCAAUGCACCCCUUGCCCCCGGCCACGUGAAGGUGGUUUCAUUCCCGAAGAGCUACGUCUUCAAUUCGACGGUAGAGUAUGAUUGUCAACAUGGAUAUGAACACAAGGGGGGCAACUUGACAAGGGUCUGUGAGAGUAAUAGCAAGUGGUCUGGAGAUCCACCCGAUUGCCAAGAAAUAAGCUGCGGCUCUCUCACGACGAAUCCGCACAUGACGAUUACACAAAACGGCUUCUACUACAGAGCCGUUGCGAUCUACGCAUGCGUAGACGGAUACUCACGUGACAGUGGUGACGUCAACCGGGAGUGCUUGGCGAAUGGAACUUGGUCGGGUGUGGCGCUGGCCUGCAAACAAAUAACCUGCUCGCAACCAGAGACGACGCCGAAUGCAAACUUUGCCACACCGGUUAAGGCGGACUACAUCUAUGCGGAGAAGGUUUCGUAUGUCUGUGAUCCUGGGUAUGAGGUAGCUGGUGGGGAUGUGCAGAGGACAUGUCUGUCCGAGGGACGCUGGUCAGGAAUACCUUUAAUGUGCAAAGCAAAAUCCUGCGGUGACCCAAAUGUGCUUACCAAUACAACAGUUAUGGGGACAUCCAUUCUGUUCGAAAGCAAGAUGAGGUACAGUUGCGUCUCAACUUAUAAGCAGACCGGCGGGGAUGCCAGUAGAACCUGUCAGGCUGAUGGGGUAUGGUCUGGAUCGCCAUUAGUCUGCCAAAGGACGGUCUGUCCGAAACCAAUGAAAGAUUCCCUUGGCCUUUUAGAAUACGCGUUCUCAGGAUUACACCCUGGCGACACUGUGAUAUAUUUUUGCAAAACUGGACUAGAAGGAGAGCGGAGAAACAUGACUAUUGCACACUGCAUGAUAGAUGGGACGUGGUCGCGAGAGCCACCAAGGUGUACCAAAAUAAAGUGCCGAGUUCUCGAACCCGUGACCAAUGCCAGUCAGGUGUUGGUUGGUGGGGACGUCCCUGGAGCCAAUGUGUCGUAUACCUGCGAUAUCGGGUACGCUCUUGAGGGAAGUUCGAUCAGGUUGUGCCUUGCUGACGGAACUUGGAGCGGAUAUCCUCCAAGUUGCAGGCGAAUCGACUGCGGGUUCCCCGAGUGUGCUCGUUUCUCCACGCUGGGGGGCGGUGGUAUUCAAUACGGGGACAUCGUGACUUAUAAGUGUUUUGAUCAAUAUAAACCGACUCAGGGCAAUACCAUCAGAACGUGCCAAAGCAACAAGACAUGGAGUGGAUCGCCUCCGCAGUGCCAGCGCGAGCCUGUUAAAGAAGUGGAUCCCACUGACGAUCCAGUUGUGCCAACAACGCCUGAAAAGAAAGUUGGUAAGAAGCUUGUCUAUCCCAGCAUUGAUGCCGAGCGGGCACCAGAGAUUGGAGCGGCGAUCCUCGGCGUGACACUGGCCUUUGUUGGACUCAUAUUCUUCCUCGAUAUUUCCACCUACUAUCACAACCUGAGAACAAUGAGGAGGAACGUAUCGCAUUUUCUCAAGUCACGACAUAAUGUCAAGGCCCAGAAGCAGCAGGAGAAGGAUUUGGAAGAAUGGGGUGAAGGGACGAGGCGGUUAAAUGGUGUGGCCAAGCUAGCUACAAACAAUACAGUGGGAGAUGAAACUCCUAGUACAUCGAGUGAAGACACCAUGGUCCAGCUCCGAUCUUGUAAGUACGCCACGAGGAUGAACACAACACGGCCUGUCGGGACAGAGAAUCUGAGCGUUUUAUGACAAAACGGAACCGAGGAAAGCGGUGAUUCUUCGGGGAAGAAGGAAGCGGAUUCUGAGACAUCGAAUGCACAGCUAUCACAACUUAUCAAGGAGCAUGCACAGAAUGGCACAUCAGAAAGUAGUGAGCACGUUUUAGAGCCGUCAGAUCGUGCACCUGCAUAUACAAUGGCAGCACAUGAAAAAUCUGAAAAUAAUGCAAACGCGCAAAACAAACCUCAGUCUGUUAUAAAUGACAAAUUCCCAUUGAGAAGCUACCAGAAUGGACCGAUAGACAUAGGACCUGCCAGUGCCUAUCGUGUCGGGGUUGAUGACGUGCCUGGAAUGAAUAACCUUGACAUUGAGAAUUCGUUGAAGAGUAGAAAGCGGGGUCCACUUGCUCGUUGGCCUCAGAAUAUUGUUGAGGAUGAAGUGAACAUCGUGAAUGGACCCAACAGAAAGGAUAAUGUGCAACCAAGCGGUUCUUUCAGUGAUGGUGUUCUAGCACGCGUCGAAGCUGCGGUUCACAGCACUGACGCCGAAUCAAACUCUCCGAAUGCUGUACAAUCGGAGGUACAAGUACAUAGGUCUGUAUUUCACAAUAUCCCCAUCCCCCCGCCCGUCCCGAAGUUACUAUCGCAUAUUGCUUCAGUUCCGAAGUCAAGAAUGCAUGAUCAUCCCGUCCUGAAGUCCAUAUCUCAAAAUCAAGUCCAAACAUUCAAAGACCCACAUUCUGCUGCCUCUGUCAGACCGAGAGCUUCUCGGGGUCCGUCGAGAUCACCUGUGGACGCUAGCUUGUCGAGUAACCCGAAUGACAACUCUAUAAUUAGAGCCACCGCAGAUAAACAUUCACCCAAAUCCUUGUUACUAUCUCAACAUAACCCUCGACCAAAGACGUCUGCAGACAUCACUUCAAAUAUUCAGAACUCGUCUGCAGCCACAGCUUUACGAGGACGCGAGGUACCACCUAAAGAACAGAAUUCUCCAAUAUGCGAUGAAACUCCAAACAGGCUGCGCUAUUUGGACAUGACUGAAUUGGCCAACAGGGCCCAAACCCGCGUAUUUUCUAAGAUUCAUUCGGAUGUUUGAUAUUUUGGACUCUAAAUACUACUCAGAGAGUGUGCAUUGUAGAUUAUGUAUGAACGUACGUACAUAAUCUAUGCACGAAUAGUCGAAGACGAAAAGAAAAUGGCGUCCACCGUACAACUCAGCAUUGAUAGUCAGGGACGUCGACCAACCAGUGUCGCCAUUCCUGUACAGUAAGUAACCAAGUGUGAAUGUAAUUUACUGUAUAAAUGUGUACAAAGAAUUGUGUGUUCAAAGAAUUGUGUACUUUUUAUUUAUCACGGUAUGUUAACUGCACAUUUAUGUGUUCACAAAAUUUUCAUUAAAAGAGUGCAAGUAACAAAUACAACUUGAUUUUUUACUCCAUCCAAAAACAACAUCAUAUUGCCUGGAUAGUUGUAACACGCUUGUUAAUGGACAUGAUUGGGUUGUCGCUCAGCCCAGUGGCUCCUCGAUCGAGACUCGAACAUUUCAUUCACAAAACGUUUUAUUAAUGUUGAAAUGAACAGCGUUUGACUAGUUAUGAUUUGUAAACAUCACAGACAUGUGACUUUCAUUCCAUAGUUUCCCCUUUCCGACUAAAACCUACGUAUUUGCCCUUGACACUAGAUUUUCAACCUCCAUGUGCCUUUUUAGUAACACAUUAUGUCGGUGGGGUGGGGUGGAGGUUUGGGGUUCCUCCGAUCAUGUUAAGGCAUUGAAACAUGGUGUGCAUUACAUAUAGUUCGCCAGUGCGACCAUUAACUUCCGAACACCAGUGAAACUCAAACGAGAGUGUUGCAUUAACAUAUUGUCCAAGAUAAGAACAUCCGACUUCUGUAUCUGGCCACCAACUGUGCAUCGCCAGGACACUUCACGGAUAUGUUGCAGAACGUCAAGUUCUAUGCUGGUGCCGUCGUCCGCAUAGGCAGUGGUGAAGGGAUACUUGCUUUCGGGUUUUCCCCGAUGUUGGUCUCCAAGCACUGGGUGGUAAUCGAAGUAGGUCCAAUUAGAGGA